AUGGUGCUCCCCGUCCCGACAGCGGUAAAGGAGGAACCUCGCGAGAUCUCGUGCGGUGCCGAGAUCGAAGCUGACCAAAACGAGAACAUGAACAUGAACACGAGCGCCGCCACCUGCCGUGGUGGCAGCGGUGGGAUAAGGGCAGACUCGCAUUUGUCACGGGAGGAAAGGCGCCGCAGACGGCGAGCUACGACCAAGUACCGCACGGCACACGCGACCAGGGAGAGAAUACGAGUGGAAGCAUUCAAUGUGGCCUUUGGAGAGCUCCGUAAACUUCUACCUACCCUCCCACCAGACAAGAAACUUUCCAAAAUCGAGAUUUUAAGACUUGCAAUAUGUUAUAUAUCCUAUCUUAACCACGUGUUAGAUGAAGCAAUGCAGCUCCACCCAACUUUCAACCACACACAAACAAUAACACCACCCAAAUGGUCCCCCAAGCAACCCCAACCUUACCCAGCGUAUAAAUCUCCCAAAACAACGUCUCCUAAGCACCACCCAUCUACCCCACAACGCGACCCUCAACCCAGCGGCAUUGCCGGCGCUAAGUGA